AAUACUGAGCUCACUACCGGUCUCUUUUCGGCUUCGCUGUGACAAGCAUGGCUGACACUGGUCUUGUAGAAACGCUUCUUCGGCGGGUGGAAAAGGUGGACGGUGGUCUCGACAGUCAGGAUGUUGCGACCAGUCUUGGUGUGGACCACCAAGCUAUCGUCGGGGCUGUGAAGAGCCUACAGGCACUUGGUGAUGUGAUCUCAGCUGAGCAGCGCUCCUCAAAGCACUGGGAGCUGACUGGGGAAGGCUGUGAGAUAGCUGAGCAGGGCAGCCAUGAGGCCAGAGUCGUCAGCUCCAUCCCAGAGGAAGGGAUGCCUCAGAGUCAGCUCAUGAAACUAGCCUUUGGGAAGGUGGGUUUCAGCAAGGCCAUGUCCAACAAGUGGAUCCGUCUGGACAAGGGCCACGAGGGCGGCCCCAGGAUCUUCAAGACUGUGGAGCGCUUAGAAGACUUGGUGAGGGACAAGUUGCUCCUGGUACAGAAAGGACAGGCGUCUCAACUGGAGGAGAAGGAGAAGAAUGAGCUGAAGAAACGCAAACUGCUCUCUGAAGUGACGGUCAAGUCCUAUUGGAUCACAAAGGGUAGCUGUUUCAGCACCACCAUCACCAAGCAGGAGACAGAGCUCACCCCAGAGAUGAUCGCUAGUGGGAGCUGGAAGGAGAAGAAGUUUAAGCCUUAUAACUUUGAGGCCAUGGGUGUGGCCCCAGACUGUGGCCACCUGCAUCCGCUCAUGAAGGUCCGCACGCAGUUCAGACAGAUCUUCCUGGAGAUGGGCUUCACUGAGAUGCCCACCAACAACUUCAUUGAGAGCUCCUUCUGGAACUUUGACUCCCUGUUUCAGCCCCAGCAGCACCCAGCCAGGGACCAACACGACACCUUCUUCCUGUCUGACCCAGCUCAGGCCCAUGAGUUUCCCCAGGACUACCUGGAGAGAGUGAGGAAGGUCCAUUCAGAGGGAGGCUUUGGAUCACAGGGGUACAAGUAUGACUGGAAGAUUGAGGAGGCUCAGAAGAACAUCCUCCGUACUCACACCACAGCAGUCAGCGCUCGCAUGCUGUAUAAACUCGCUCAGCAGGAAAAUUUCACCCCUGUCAAGUACUUCUCCAUCGACAGAGUAUUCCGUAAUGAAACUCUGGAUGCCACCCACUUGGCAGAGUUUCACCAGAUUGAGGGAGUGGUGGCUGACUAUGGCCUUACCCUGGGUGACCUCAUGGGCAUCCUUCAUCAGUUUUUCAAUAAACUAGGAAUCACCAAAUUACGCUUUAAACCGGCCUACAAUCCAUACACCGAGCCGAGCAUGGAAGUGUUCAGCUAUCAUGAAGGGCUGAAAAAGUGGGUGGAGGUGGGGAACUCGGGGAUGUUCAGGCCAGAGAUGCUGCUGCCUAUGGGGCUCCCUGAGGGGGUGACGGUCAUCGCCUGGGGGCUGUCUCUGGAGAGGCCCACCAUGAUCAAGUAUGGCAUCAACAACAUCCGUGAGCUGGUGGGACACAAGGUCAACCUACAGAUGGUCUACGACAGCCCUGUGUGUCGACUGGACUCUUAGAUUCUGUUCAGGCUUCCACUUGGACAGGCUUACAUUACCAUACACAUCCCAUCCAAGGCCCGUGUCAUCAGGACCCCUUUGCUCAUUAGUAACCAUAUGAACAUUGAACAAUCCCACGAACCCUUAAUCUACCCUGGCCAGAGACUGCCAGAGAGACAGAUCUGUCUGUUUAAGAGGGUGGGAAAGAGGACUUACUUUUCUCCUAAUUUAUGAAACCGUUUUAACUCAUCAUUGGUCCUAAUCAGCAUCUAUGCUUGUGCUGAGGGGUAGGUAGUGCUAGUACUGUGUCCUCUGCUGAUGUGUGCACUACAUCAGAGCAUAAGGAACUUCACCAGUGAGUCUUUUUUAAUUUAAACGUUAGAAAACUGCACAGCGGCUACCUUUGAGCUCCUAUGAAAUGAAAUGCUUGUACAGUAAAGAUGCUAACUUGAAGCCCUUUAGCCUUCCAUACAAAACCAACCAACUCUGUGCUGUGUCCACUCAGUUCAUGAGACAAAUUAGAAAUAGUCAAAUAAAGAUGUUUGAAAGUAGCAUGAUUUACGUCGUCAGUCUAAUGUAAUCACCAUUGGUAAUGCUGAGCUUUUGUUAUUCUAUUCUGGCGGUGCCAGGUCCGGUUUUAAACCUGUCAGAAGAACAUUCUUGUUUUCCUCAAUCUUAUUGUGGCUGGUGCGUAACGUGGAUUGGCGUGUUGAAGGAUGUGUGCCAAGGUUUAACCCAGAGGAUUUAGGAGUUAUUUGUGUCAUUCCAGUGAAGGUGGAAUUACAAAUCACCUUCAUCGCCUCUAAGUCUCAUGUCAUCGUACACAGGGUAGAUUUUUAGCUCUGUGUGCGCACAGGAGAUAAUUGGGUUAACACAUUAGAGCACUUUGGUUGUAAGUGUAACCUAAAAUAAUUUGCUAUGGUACUAAAUAAAGAGUCAAGUCUAUUCCUGUUAGUUUGUUUUAGGCAACGGCACAUUGGAUGUUUUUUGCUGGUAACCUAGUUCAUCCCCAAUCCCUGCAAGAUUCUGAAUAAAUAUGCUGUUAUGAAGAGAUGUUCUACACUCUACUGUUAUGUAUUAGUUACGUCUUCCGUAGUCUAAAUCACAGAGACUGUACGUUGUAAUGCAAAUCAAUAUCCUUCUGAGGAGCAAUAUUGAAGUUGUACUUCAGCCAUGCGUAAUCACUUCACUGGAUUAGCUUCUCCUGAAUGAACUUGGCACAGCGACGCCGUGGUACAUGUCUGCCUGAGCAUCCUGUGCUGUCUUUAGACGCUUACAUGGAGCUGAAUUUCUGAAUUCGGGAGUCUUUAAAAAAAAACUUGCAUGCUAUUGAAGCUGACUUGAGGGCCCAUAAUAGAUGCUGUUGGAAGUUUGUGACAAAGAGAAUGAUGUUCCGAUGUUGCGUGCUCUGCCAAGACUGGGAAAUCCUGUGUCUGCUGCAAUAAUGGACAGACAGGAUUAAAGGUUGUUUACUUAAUCAAUU